CAAUGAUUGACGCGCUAAAUGCAUAGAACGGGAAAAGUGAAGUUACGCAUUGAAUACAGGUAAAGUGCCUAAAUCGGGAUACGGAUUGUGUUCCAUAAGAUCUCUGGGGAAGAAAAGAAUUAAGUUUCCCUAAUCGAAAGAACAUAUAUUAGUAGCAAUAAAACACCUUUUCUCGCUUCUUCCUUUCGUACAUCAUCCUUUGUAUCCGAAUCAUGUCUCCUACACUACGAUCUAGAGAUCAGAACGGGAGGGCACACACAAAUGGCAACAAGGACAGCGAUCCAGACUCCACAGAUCUGUCAAAAUGGCGAUUGAAAGUCGAAAAAGGAAGACAUGUUUGGCAUUAUCUGAAAACAGAUGAACAAUGUCAACAAUGGCCACAGACUGAUGAAGAUAAAUUCUGGCUAGGGAUCGAUAUCGGCGCACCUACUUUGCCGAAACCAAAGACACCCUUGGACGCAGCAAAGAAUGGCUUUGAAUUCUAUAGACGCAUUCAGUCUUCCGAUGGACAUUGGAGUGCUGCUUAUGGUGGUCCACUGUUCCUUAUGCCUGGUUUGGUGAUCGGAAUGUAUGUCACUCAAACACCAAUCCCACAAGAAUGGAGAAUAGAGAUGAAACGAUAUUUGCUCAACAAGGCUAAUAAAGAUGGAGGUUGGGGCUUGCAUACAGCAGGUCCAUCUACUGUUUUUGGAACAGCAUGCAAUUAUGCUGUUUGCCGACUACUAGGGAUGGAAGCAGAUCAUCCAGCUAUGAUCAGAGCCCGUGCCAAAUUGCAUAGCUUGGGAGGAGCUACCGGUAUUCCAUCUUGGGGUAAGCUUUGGCUCGCUUGUCUGAACGUAUACGAAUGGGAAGGAAUGAACCCUAUCCCGCCAGAGCUGUGGACUUUGCCAGACUGGUUGCCAAUUCAUCCUUGGAGAUGGUGGAUUCAUACACGUAUGGUGUACAUCCCAAUGGGCUAUUUAUGGGGAAAACGCUUCAAGGCUCCAAUGGAUCCUCUCAUUGAAUCGUUACGAGAAGAAUUAUACGUCGAACCAUACGAAAGCAUUCAAUGGUCAAAGCAUCGAAACAAUAUUGCCGAAAUUGAUGUCUGGGCACCUCAUACGCGCACAUUGGAGGCUUUGAUGGGUGUCUUGUCGGUGUAUGAAUCGUGCGGCGGUCUCCCUCCUCUGCGACGUGCAGGAAUGAGACGAGCUUAUGAGCUGCUAGUGAUGGAAGAUGAAAACACAGGCUAUCAGGAUAUCGGACCCGUGAACAAGAUGCUGAACUACAUUUGCCGAUGGAUCGAAGAGGGACCCGAUUCGGAAGUGAUGGCGAAUCAUCGUGAAAAGCUGAAAGAUUUCAUGUGGAUGAGCGGAGAAGGUUUGAUGAUGACAGGUACGAAUGGAAGUCAAUUAUGGGAUGCAUCGUUUAUUGCUCAGUCUAUGGUUGAUUCUGGGCUAGUAGAACAGCCGGAAAACAAGAAAGCAUGCGAAAGUAUCUUGGAAUGGCUCGAUGAACAUCAAAUCCGUGAAGAUCCAAAGCAUUACAAAGAAGCAUAUCGAUUCAGCACCAAAGGAGCCUGGCCUUUCAGUACAAAAGAGCAAGGAUACACGGUUAGCGAUUGUACUGGAGAAGGAAUGAAGGCGACAAUCAUGCUACAAAAUGAGGCAGGUUUAAAAACGAGAAUAUCACAAAGAAGAUUACGCGAUAGUGUGGAUCUCUUAUUGACCAUGCAGAAUCCUAGCGGUGGAUUUGCAAGCUAUGAAACGAUCAAUGCUCCCAGUGCGAUCGAGUUGCUGAAUCCAGGAGAAGUCUUUGGAAACAUCAUGCGUGAGUAUGAUUAUCCAGAAUGCACAACAUCCGUCGUUACUUCUUUGCUUAUGUUCAGAAAGAUUGACGAUUAUCGUUCCGAGGAUAUCGACAAGUGUAUCAAAGGAGCGGUAAAGUAUAUUCUUGCAGCUCAACAGCCAGAUGGAUCAUGGUUUGGAUCCUGGGCUGUUUGUCAUACGUACGCGAUGAUGUUUGCACUAGAAAGUCUCUCGCUGGACGAACAAACAUACGAAACGAGCGACGUUGUGAAGAAAGCAUGUCAUUAUCUUUUGGAUCGUCAACGUGAAGAUGGAGGAUGGGGAGAAAAGUUUGAUUCAUGCGUGACAGGCCGAUACAUACAAGCAGAUUAUUCUUUAGUCGUUCAAACAAGUUGGGCAUUGAUUGCACUUUUGCAUGCCAAAUACCCUGAACCGGAACCGAUCAAACGUGCUGUGAAAGUGAUUAUGAAACGUCAAAAGCCAGAUGGACAUUGGGAUGAUGAAGAUACGGUUGGUGUGUUUAAUAGGAAUUGCGCUAUCGAUUAUCCACUUUAUCCAUUCUCUUUUUCUGUUUGGGCAUUGGGUAAAGCACAUAGAUUCUUGGCAGCCAAGAAUGCCCUGUAGAGCAUGUAUGUGUACAACUUGAAUGAAUACCUAAUCUCUCUAAUCUCAUGGUCAUCACGUGUUAGUGAUCAGCUGUUUUUUGACAAUUAGAGGGACCCUUACUAACAAUCUGUCAGUCGAGCAAUCUUUCUCACGCACUAGCACGGUUCCGUUCUUUUUAGCUUCCGUCGUUUUAGUCUUUGAAUACAAAAAUUAGGGGGUUGUAUUACGUAUAUCUUCCACUAAAAGUUCAGACCCUUUUUUUCUAAUACAAAAGAUGAUUAUUUUGUAUUGCUAUUGUCUAGACUUUGGUGAAAAUGCCGCGGUAAAAUUCGACGCGUGUUUCGAUAGAGAGUGACGCUGUGCCCGA